CCGCCCGCACUAUGGGCAAUUGCCUGAAAUGCUUCCAGUCUGCCGCCGAACAAUCGUUGCCAACGAACGCCUCGUCCCCCAAUUCCAAUUCCAACUCCAACGCCUGCCCGGCGGCCACCAGCCUGGCCAACUGCUACGACUCGGUGGGCACUAAUCCCAAUGCCAACGAGCGCUGCGCCCUCUACAACGACCGGCCGCGCGAAACCGAUGAGCUGCUCUCUAGCCGAACUCCACUCAAGCCAGCAAAAGCAAACAAUUGUGAUACUAAGCGUAAUAGUUUUAAGUCUUUAGGUUUGCUUAAUGGCACUGCGCCCACCAUGAGCGAUAUUAUAACAACUGCUGUCAAGGAGUCCAUGGAGGUGUCGCACCAGAGCCUGAACCAACUAUACGACGUGUACAAAGAUCCGGACGACGAGGACAUGAUACUCACGGACGGCAUCGAGCGCCUGUGCAAUGACCUCAACUAUCAGCCCGAUGAGUUCGCCAUACUCGUCCUGGCCUGGUGCCUGGAUGCCUCGCAGAUGUGCCGCUUCACCAAGACCGAGUUCAUCGAGGGGCUGAUAAAGAUGCGGGCGGACACAAUAGAGAGCAUCCGGCUGCGGCUGGAGCAGACAAUUGAGAUGCUUAAGGCGGACGCCGAGAUGUUCAAGCAGCUCUACCGCUUCACCUUUCGCUUUGGCCUGGAGCCCGACCAGCGCGUCCUCUCCCUGGAGAUGGCCAUCGACCUGUGGAAACUAGUGUUCACUGUACAAACACCUGAUCUCUUCUCCAACUGGAUGCACUUCCUCGAAAAGCACCCGAAUAUUCGCCGCAUACCGAAGGAUACAUGGAACAUGUACCUCAACUUUACGGAACAAUGUGAUAUACAAAAUUAUGACGACACCGAAGCAUGGCCCAGUCUCUUCGACGACUUUGUCGACUACGAGAAGAACCGAGCGCUGGAGUCGGCGGGCAUCCAUGACGAUGACAACAACAACGACGAUCCCCUGCAGAGCCGCUGCAAGCCCGAGGACCCACAUCGGGUCUCGUAGUAGCAGCAGCAGUAUCUUCCACACUCUUCAGGGCCACAAGCAACGUUCAACUCGCCAAUAUAGAAAUAGCACAUGUACAUUUUCACUCUCCCUCGAUUACUAGCUCUCUUGCUGCUGCUGCUUAAGUUCUCGCCAAGAAAAAGGAAGCUGGAAGGCCGGGGAAAACCAUACACGUAUAGCCACUGAAAACGAACGAUGCGGUGCUGGCGCUGCUUGAGGACCUCCUCCUCCAACUGCCAUCAGUUAUUAUGGGAAACAUUUUGGCCGGAGCAACGGACGCAUUUGUUUUGUAAUUAAAGACUUAUCGAGACAAGAAUUUCGCAAAAGCUCAAUCAACGGAAGAAGCAAACUAAAUGACUUUGCUGGCGGAGCAAAAGGCAGACCGUAUAUAAUAAUACUUAGCGACUAAUUGAUGUAUUAUUUUAACAACAAACAAGAUUGCAACAUUUUAUGGCACUUACCUAUAUUUAAAUGCAUACAAUUACAUACUUAACUGUAAGUAGUGGAUGUGAAUUAAAUAAAAGCAACAAAAAGAGGAAAUCGA